CUGCAUGGGAACCGGCACCAACGUUGUUACAAUCAAACCCACCACCAUAAUCGUUGCCAUAGUUAUUUCCCGCAUUGCCACCAUAAUCGUUACCAUUUCCCGCAUUGCCACCAUAGUCGUUGCCAUAGUUACUUCCUGCAUUGCCACCAUAAUCGUUGCCAUAGUUAUUGUUGCCACUCUCAUCGGCUACAUUGUUGA